CAACCGUUCUGCCUGCAGUCAGCGCUGCAGUGUUAUAUGAGCAGCGGAGGUCAGGUGACCGCAGCAGCCAAUCAGUGGACUCGGCAGUGACAUUCUAUUCAAAAGGCAGAACAGGGGAUCAGCGGGGGGAAUGGAGGUGGAGGCUCCUCCCCUUUGAUGCUGCAGUGUCGCCCCCUGUGGCCCCGCCUCCAGUGUCACCCCCUGUGGCCCCGCCUCCUCCAGUGUCGCCCCCUGUGGCCCCGCCGGCACAUAAUGGACCUGGCCUCGGUGGUCUCCCGUCUGGACGUGCUGGCCCCUCCGGCCCUGGCGGAGAGCUGGGAUAAUGUUGGUCUCUUGGUGGAGCCGUCCCCCCCGCACCAGGUGCGUAAGAUGCUGCUGACCAAUGACCUGACGGAGGAUGUCCUACAAGAGGCGCUGGCGGUGGGGGCGGACCUGCUCCUGUCCUAUCACCCGCCCAUCUUCAAGGCUCUGAAGCGCCUGACCUGCGCCCACUGGAAGGAGCGGCUGGUGGUGACGGCCCUGGAGAAGCGCCUGGCGGUGUACUCCCCUCAUACCGCCUGCGACGCCAUCACCAACGGGGUCAACGACUGGCUGGGGCGAGCACUGGGAGCCUGUGUGUCUGUCCCUCUCCGCGCUUCCACCGCCACCUCUCACCCAAGAGGAUAUGGACAUAUCCUGGAGUUUGGGGGCGAAGUCCCGGAGUCUGUACUGAGCAGAGUGAGCUCCCUGCAGGGGGCGAGUGUGCGUACCUAUCCGCUCAGGGGCGAGGAAGGCGUGCGGGUCCGGCUCAGCUGCUCCAACAGUGCACUACAGCAGGCCCUGGCUAUCCUCUCCGAGGAUCCCGAGACGUAUAGUGGUGCGGAGCUUCUCACCCUGCAAAAGCCCCCUCUGCUGGACACAGGGAUGGGCCGCCUCUGCACCCUCUCGGAGCCGAUAACCAUUGCAGCAGCUGUGGAGCGCAUCAAAAGUCACGUGGGUGUCAAGCACCUCCGACUUGCCCUGGGGCGAGGGAAAACUUUGGAAUCCCCUGUGAGUGUCAUGGCGGUGUGCGCCGGCUCUGGUGCCAGCAUAUUGAAUGGCGUUCCUGCUGAUCUCUACCUGACAGGUGAGAUGUCGCACCACGAGGUCCUGGAUGCAGCGGCGGAGGGGCGGAGUGUUAUCCUGUGUGAGCACAGUAACUCUGAGCGGGGAUAUCUGCGGGAGCUCGCCGCCCAGAUCACACAAAGACUGGAAGGGAAGGUGGAAGUGUUGGUGUCCCAGACUGACCGAGACCCCCUGCAGGUGGUGUGAGGAACUGCAGGGCAUAAUAAAUAAUAAUAAAUGCUGCUGGUUAUUCCAGUUCAGGCUUA